UGCUUUGGCUCUAGCGGCUACUGCCGGCCGCGGAAGAGACGAGCACUGUGCGGAUCUGUAACCGGUAGUGCGUUUCCACUUUCCACUUCCUCCUUCCCAGUUCAUCCACGGCAGAGGAAUUAAUCAACUGCACAGCUGCAUUCCUCAAUCCUAACCCCUCAAUCUUCCGUUCCCAAGUCCAACUGCGUUUCUUCCUCCGCGUCUUCAAGGAGGGGAGACCUGAAGGAGAAACGAAUCCAGCCUGGUGGCUGCCGGUGCUGGAGCUGGGCGCUGCUGCAUACUGCGUAGGCAAGAGCAGGCAAUGGCGGAGGCGAAUACGGGGAAGGAGAAGAAGGAAGUGGUGCGGCUGGAGCGCGAGUCCGUGAUCCCCAUCAUGAAGCCCAAGCUCAUCAUGAAGCUCGCCUACCUCAUCGAACAUCAAUCCGACAAAGAAGAAUUCUUAAAGCUCUGCAAGAGGGUUGAGUACACCAUAAGGGCUUGGUACCAUCUCCAGUUUGAUGAUAUGAUGGAACUGUUUGCUCUCUUUGAUCCUGUGCAUGGUGCUAAAAAACUCCAGCAGCAGAACUUCUCAUCUGAGGAGAUCGAUAUGCUUGAGCAGAACUUCUUGUCCUAUUUCUUUCGGGUGAUGGAAAAGAGCAAUUUUAACAUAGUAAAUGAAGAUGAGGUUGAACUUGCUCAUUCUGGACAAUAUCUGUUGAAUCUUCCCAUUAAAGUUGAUGAAUCAAAGUUAGAUAACAAGCUUCUGUCGAAGUAUUUUAAGGAGCACCAUCAUGAAAACCUACCUGACUUCGCGGAUAAGUAUGUUAUAUUUCGCAGGGGCAUUGGAUUGGACCGCACUAGCAACUUUUUCUUCAUGGAGAAAGUGGACAUGAUCAUAGCUCGUGCGUGGCGAGGGUUCCUUGAGAAAACAAGACUGCAAAAGCUCUUCUCAAGAAAGAAAAAUACUAAGCCAAAGAUAGAUUCCAAGAAGAAUGAUGAUUUAGCUAGUGAAGUAGAAGACAAGGAGCUUUAUGUUGAACGCAUACGACUCGAAACAAUGAAGUUAAGCUUUCAGAAUUUAAUCGGCAAGGUCACAAUUCAAGAGCCUACAUUUGAAGAGGUGAUUGUCUUGUAUAGGAGAAAAACUCCAAAGGGACAGGAUGAUAGAGCAAUUCAUGUAAAACACUUCAAAAAUAUUCCAAUGGCAGAUAUGGAGUUGGUUCUGCCUGAGAAGAAAAACCCAAGCCUCACACCAAUGGAUUGGGUUCAGUUUAUUGUUUCAGUUGUCAUUGGACUUGUUACACUCAUCAGCUCAUUGGAAAUGCCUAAAGCUGAUUUCUGGGUUGUAGUUGCCAUCCUUUCUGCUCUGGCAGGAUAUUGCGCUAAGAUCUAUUUCUCGUUUCAACAGAACAUGGCAACCUACCAAAACCUAAUCACUCAAUCCAUGUAUGACAAACAACUAGAUAGUGGGAAAGGCACACUCUUGCAUCUCUGUGAUGAUGUGAUUCAACAGGAGGUCAAGGAGGUCAUAAUUGCCUACUAUAUUUUGAUGGAAAAUGGAAAGGCUACCAGUGAUGACCUUGACUUGCAAUGCGAGGAGUUAAUCCAGGAAGAGUUUGGCUUGCAAUGCAAUUUUGAGGUGAUGGAUGCUGUUCAAAAGCUGGAGAGGCUUGGUAUCAUUACAAGAGAUUCUAUUGGAAGAAUUUGCUGUGUUCCUCUAAAGCGUGCCAAUGAGAUCAUCGGCGCCACAACAGAAGAGCUGGUUAUGAAAGCCAGGCAAAGCUAGCAAUCGUAUUUGAAUAAUGUAACCGCAUUGUAAAUUCUUGCCUGAUGGCACUGUAACGUUUACCGUUUACGGUACCCCAGAAAGUCCUAACACUGAACUCUUGCAUAUCAGGUGGUAAAUACAUUCUGGUCGUCUCCACACACAGUAAUUCUCCAGUGAAAGCUACCAGAAAUGUGGUUGUAAUUUUUUUAGUGUUGUGGAACGUCCGAGGGUGUUGUAAGCAUGUAGCAUUCUUUUGAUAACAAACGUGGUAGGAAAGAUGUCCAAAACCUUAAAAAGAUAAUUGUCCAACUUUGUUGGCUGAUUUAUUGUGAGAACAGAUUCGGCUGAUAA